AUGGCGACAGUUGAUUACAACCUGCCACCGCCUUCCUGGAGUUAUUUUGACGAUCCGCCAGAACGUGAAACUCCACCGCCAGCUCAAGCCCAACCCUCCCUAGAAAUCAACACGAACAUCGACAGCGACAUUUUCGUGCAUGGGAGGCUGAUCCCGCUUACUGCAAGACACCUUCAGAUUAAACCUCAGCUCUUGAAACUCAAAUAUUAUUCAAGGCUGAACGAAACAACCAUCAUUCGCUUAGCGGCACAUGGGAAUCGUCAUGUUGAGCUUCUUUUGAGACUCCAUGGCAUCGCCUCGGUGCACUUCUAUAGUUCCGAGACAGGCGAAUCACUGUCGUGGGAUGCAGGAGACUACCGAAUCCAGCAGUAUAGAAUGAAUGCGAUUCGCGCGUAUGAGGAAGAAUGGAAAAUCUCCACUAUCUUUCGAACAAAGUGGGAUUUACCACCCAGAGGUUUGAAUUAUGGCUUAUAA